GUCAUGGAGAUUCAUCACCCAAUUCAAGGGAAGACAAUAUUUUAUUCUGUUCUACCUAAAGUUAGGAAAAGAUGUUUUUGUGUUUGUCCAUCCCGUAGAUUGAGGUGGGGGCACUGUGGUUUAAAUUACUUUUUGUAUAUUGUACGAAAGCGUAUUUUUGGAUUAUGUGAAUGUGUGAGCAUGGAAACAGUUGGGCACGAUUUCUUGGAAUGUAGGAAGUAUAAUGCAGAAAGAAAAGCACUUUUUGACAAACUGGCAGAACUUGGAUUUAAGUGUUUUCUGUUACUGAUGAAUAUAAACUGAUCUCCGGGGUAGUUCUUCAGUUCUUGCAGGAUUGUAUAUAAGCAUUUAGUUCAGACUUUGACCUGUGGAGGGCAGUAAUACGCUCGAUAGCACUGCCGAAAAGAUUCAUCACCCAGUAGGUGGUGUUAAUACUCCUGUGGAGUGAACGGCCAUUGAACAAGAAGAAGACGAAGAAGAAACGUCCAAGCGUCAGAGUGAAUUACGUUAGAGGCACCUAGCUUGAACGCGCGAAACCAGAUGUGAGUGUUUGUGAAAUUACCAAAACUGAUGGAGACGCAGAAGAAGAGCAGCCAACCUGCAAAUAAGACUUUAACGUCUGAGGAGGGAGAAGAGGAGCAAUGUCGCGCUGAUACUUCCUGCGCAAAAAAUGAGAAGCAGGAGCCUUCAUCACCAAAACAGGGAGAUUUCAGUGAUCCGGUAUAUAAAGAGAUCGCAAUGGCGAACGGCGCCAUCAACCAAAUGAACAGAGAUGAGCUGCGUGCAAAAUGUGCUGGGCUGAAGCUUGACACACGGGGAGUUAAGGAUGUCCUGAAGAAGCGCCUAAAAAGUUACUACAAAAGGCAAAAACUAAUGCAUUCACCUGCUGCAAAUGCGAACAGUGAUGUAUAUUUUGACUACAUCUGUGUGGUGGAUUAUGAAGCAACAUGUGAAGAGAAUAACCCACCUGGCUUCCUGCAUGAAAUCAUUGAGUUUCCCAUGGUGUUGAUCGACACACACACCUUGGAGAUUGUCGACUCAUUUCAGGAGUAUGUAAAGCCAGAGGUGAACCCGCAGCUCUCUGAGUUUUGUGUCAAACUAACCGGAAUCACACAGAAAAUGGUGGAUGAGGCGCAAACGUUCCAUCAGGUUCUGAAGCGAGCAGUUUCCUGGCUACAGGAAAAAGAACUUGGCACAAAGUACAAAUAUACAUUUUUGACAGAUGGGUCAUGGGACAUGGGAAAAUUUCUUCAUACCCAGUGCAAACUGAGUUGCAUCAGAUACCCGCCGUUUGCCAGAAAAUGGAUCAAUAUCAGAAAGUCUUAUAGAAACUUUUAUAAGGUUGCUCGUGCUCAGACAAAACUAAUCUGUAUGCUUGAGAAUCUUGGUAUGGAGUAUGAUGGACGUCCCCAUUGUGGUCUAGAUGACUCCCGCAACAUUGCCAGAAUUGCCAUUCACAUGCUGAAGGAUGGCUGUCAGCUGCGGGUGAAUGAGUGCUUGCACUCAGGAGAACCACGGAGCGUGCCUGUCUCUGCCCCUAUUGAAGGAGCCCCAGCACCUCAAAACCCCAAGAAAAGAAACUAAAAUGAUCAUUUCAAAGACUCUUUCCCGAAAAUAACAUUGCUUAAUUUUUUAUUCGUGUUGCACAUCCAAUGAAAAACUCGAUUUGAAUUAAUUUGUCAAUAAAAAAAAUUUAUGGUG